GAAGUGUGGGUCUCGAUUAAUACUGCUACGUACGCUGGCAACAUCGGCCUUUGAAGGUCAAUAUUUGACAAAUGGCCGUGCAAGACAAUCUGUCACUUUCUUUUCGAAGGAAUAAACACUGCGAGCCGUUUAUAUUUUUAUAUUAAACAAUGGACGAAAUAUGUAGAUUAUGUUGCUCCACAAAAUUCGUAAACAAUCAUUUAUUUGACGAAGAGAACGCUUUGUACUUAAAAAUGUCUCUUUUCUUGCCGAUAAAGGUGGUGCGGAGCGACCGGCUGCCGCAGCGCGUGUGCGACCGCUGCAGCUGCAGGGUCAACGACCUGUACCAGUUCUGCAAUGAGACAAUUGAAGUGCAGCAUAGGCUACGCGCCAUCUUGCAGUCCUCAGGUCUACCAGUGGAGGACAUUGACCUGACGCUCGUCAAGGACAGCCCUCGCUGCGACGCCUCCACGCAGACCGAGCCCCUCCCCCCGCCGCCGCCAACACCCCCCACCCCCCCUGUCAAACAGGAGCCAGAGCUGGAAACGCGGGUGAAGGUUGAAGCCGAGGAUGUGUACGAACACGGCGCUAGCGUGCCGUCGGACACCAGCGACGACCUGUCGCUGGUCAGCCUGAAGAAGAAGCGGCUCAAGCGAGAGGGGCAGGCCGCGGGGAAGCGGGGGCGGAAGAGGAAGAAACAACUCAAGGAAUGGAACCUGCUGAUGGGCCAGCUGCCAUCCGGGCUGUCUCUAGAGCCGGUGGUGGUCAAGCGGGAGCCGGAUGAUAUAUCAGCAGACGUUCUGGUCAAGCGUGAGCCGGGCGACGACAAGUUCGACUGCUGUAUCUGCUUCGCGCAGUGCCAUAGUCGCGGGGAGAUGCUGCAGCACUACAGACAGCACGGCGCGGCGGCGGGGGAGGCGGGGCAGGCCGGGGCGCCCGCGCCGCCGCCGCAGCCCGCCGGCCGCCCGCCGCGCUGCCCCAGGUGCUCCAAGAUAAUGGAGGCCGACGCGUGGGCGGCGCACUGGCUGCGGCACUGGGAGAGAGACCGGCGGCCUUAUCGCUGUGCCCGGUGCGAGAAGACCUUCCGCGACCACCACCAGAUACUCAAGCACGGGUUGACGCAUAAGGGCGAGGCGGAAGGUCCGACGCCGGGGAAACGGUUCGUGUGCGACCUGUGCCCCGAGGGCUUCGUCUAUAUGAGGUACCUGCUGGCGCACCGCACUCGCGCGCACCCCGAGGCGGCGGCGCGCGCGCUGGCGCUGCGCUGCGCGACGUGCGCGCGCGAGUUCGCGCACCUCAACUCGCUGCGCCGGCACCUGCGCGCGCACAGCGGCGAGAGGAACUUCCUCUGCUCCGUGUGCGGGAAGGCGCUUUCCUCCAGGGAACAUUUAAAGUUCCAUUUGCGGAUUCACGCCGGUUACAAGCCUAACGUGUGCGGGACGUGUGGAAAGGGAUUCGUGAAAAAAUGCAACUUGACUCUCCACGAGCGCGUGCACUCGGGUGAAAAGCCUCACGUGUGCAGCCACUGCGGGAAGGCCUUCAGUCAGCGCUCCACACUCGUCAUACACGAACGAUACCACAGCGGCGCGCGGCCGUACGUGUGCGCGCUGUGCGGGCGCGGGUUCGUGGCCAAGGGGCUGCUCUCCAUGCAUCUCAAGACCACCUGCAUCUAG